AUGGGCUACGAAGAUUCUGUCUACCUCGCGAAGCUUGCUGAGCAGGCUGAGCGCUAUGAGGAAAUGGUUGAGAACAUGAAGGCUGUCGCCUCGGCCGACCAGGAGCUGUCCGUGGAGGAGCGAAAUCUGCUCUCCGUCGCCUACAAGAACGUCAUCGGCGCUCGUCGUGCUUCCUGGCGCAUCGUCACGUCCAUCGAGCAAAAGGAGGAGAGCAAGGGCAACGAGCAGCAGGUCACCCUCAUCAAGGAGUACCGCCAGAAGAUCGAGGCCGAGCUCGCAAAGAUCUGCGAGGACAUCCUUGAGGUCUUGGACAAGCACUUGAUCCCAUCUGCUCAGAGCGGCGAGUCGAAGGUCUUCUACCACAAGAUGAAGGGUGACUACCACCGCUACCUCGCCGAGUUCGCCAUGGGCGACAAGCGCAAGCAGUCCGCCGACAAGUCCCUCGAAGCGUACCAUGCCGCCACCGAGGUCGCUGGCACCGACCUUGCCCCAACUCACCCAAUCCGUCUCGGCCUGGCCCUGAACUUCUCCGUGUUCUACUACGAGAUCCUCAACUCCCCAGACAAGGCCUGCCAAAUGGCCAAGACCUCGUUCGAUGAGGCCAUUGCUGAGCUCGACACCCUGUCCGAGGAGAGCUACAAGGACUCCACCCUCAUCAUGCAGCUUCUCCGCGACAACCUGACCCUCUGGACGUCCUCUGAGGCCGAGCCAUCUGGAGAGCCAGCCGCCGCUGGCGAGGCCGAGAGCAAGGACACCAGCGAUGCGCCUGCUGGUGAGGAGGCCAAGCCUGCCCAGUAG